GCCAUCAAGCCCAUAUCCUAGAGUGGGCUUGGCCCAUUUCGGACGAUAUAAAGGAAGACUUCGUACCAAUGUCCGUACGAGUCGAGGCGACUGACAGUGAAAUCUUCCUAGAAAACGAAGGAAUACAGUUUGAAAUUGAAGAAUCAAUGGCGAACUACUUGCCAUCGCCGAUCGUCGCCGUCGCAUGCGCGAUCUCAAUUCUUUGUUUGUCUUUUGUGGAAUCCGCAAAUUCACCGUUUCUCGUGGCUCAUAAAAGAGUUUCUCACACGAAGAUGAAUUCGGAUUUGGAGCGGGUGUCCGUCUCCAUCGACAUUUAUAACACUGGAUCCGAACCUGCCUAUGAUGUUACACUCUAUGAUGAUAAUUGGGCUGAAGAGGUUUUCAACACUGUUAUUGGAAAUACAUCCAAGACUUGGGAAAAGCUUGAUUCCGGUUCCCUUGUGUCUCAUUCAUUUGAAUUGGAGUCUAAGGUGAAAACUGUGUAUUACGGGACACCUGCUUUGAUCACUUUCCGCAUUCCCACAAAUUCGAAACUGCAGGAAGCAUAUUCAACUCCUAUAUUACCAGUGAGAAUUCUUUCGGAAUCAACUGCUGAGAACACAAUUGAAAUUGUAAUAUUCUUCUACUUGCUAUUAUGAAGCUUUAUUGUUUCAUUUCACCUUAAAUGGGGAUUUCAUAUGAUACUGACUUGGUGUUUACCCUCUUGUUUCAUCUGUGCAAUCAUCUCUUGAUGUGCAAAUAUUAUUCAGGCAAAGGUAACAACUUUCUUUCCUCACAAUAUAAAUAUAUCUUCGACUGUUAUCUGCCUAUUAGGCCAAUUAUUAUAGACCAAUGUGUUCUCAAAUGCAAUCAAAAACUUGCAAAAAUUGUGCAGGUUCUACUUCAACAUUUUCUUCUAAUCUUGUUGUAUCCAUCUCUGCAGAUGUUGUUGGCGAAGUACGGCUCACAAAUUUCAGCGGUGCUUAUCAUCAUCAUGUUCGCGAACAUCAUCCGUUCUCCAACAAAAGCAAGUGCUGGAAAGAAGAGGCACUGAAUUGCCCACAUUACCAAAGGCACUGAUGCUGAACAACCAGAUUCUUUAGAUCAAUUUAUACUCUGCAGAUGAUAUUUCUAAUGAAGUUUAAUCUUAACAUUCACUAAUUUUUAUCGGCAAUAUAGAUCACUUGGUAUGACUAGAGAUUCUCUGAGUGUUGUGUUAUAUAGCAUGAAAUUGAAGCUUAUUUA